AUGAAGCAGGAGACGUUGCAUCGAGGCUUGCUGAAGCUGUUUUCUAUAGUGGACUUGGAUGGUGACAACCGUGUUUCCUACAACGAAUUGAACCUUGGUUUCGAAAGAUUUGGUUUUACUGAAAGGCAAAUAAAGGGCGGGAAAAAAGAUAAAAACACAGACGGGCCUAGUGGAUAUGAUGUUGUAACAGACAGGAGGUCUUGUCUGAUUGUUCCGACAAUGAAGCGCGUUCCGAAAUGA